CCUAAGUGGCCCGAAUUCACUGCAUCAACCCACCGGGCACUCUCCCCACGUGGCACUCUUUUACGGGCUGCCACCAAUUUAUAGCCGCAAAGGAGAAGUCCCACUUUCCGCCAAGACGAGACAAUCUUUCGCAUGCAUAAUUAUGCCGCCGCCGGAAUCCAUGGAGUCCCCGCCGAAGUCUGGCAUCUUCGCCUUCAUGAGCUUCGACGAAACUGAGCUCACCUUGCGGCUACCCGACAACCAUUGUCCUCUGAAGAAAUUGGCAGCGAUGGCAGGGCCUAAUUGCUUGACUCGUGGACGUUUCCUGACCGUUGAUCUGAACGCCGGGAGAUAUGAUGUUGCCGACGGCGAUGAAAUAAUGUCUGAGAGCUCUUUAUCUAGCACUGGGAAAUCUCCCGCGGCUAAGGCGGACGUGGCUGGGUGGCCGCCGGUGAGAUCUUUCAGAAAGAAGGCGUUGGAGAGCCAUGCCCAUGCAUACGUGAAGGUGGCCGUCGACGGAGCUCCCUAUCUCCGGAAAGUAAACCUGGAGGCCUACGGUAAUUAUCCAGAUCUACUGAGGGCAUUAGAGGAAAUGUCCACUGGCUUUUCAACCUGCAAUAAUAAUAAUUUACAUAAGGAGAGACAGAUGGUGCCAACGUACGAAGAUAGAGACGGUGACUGGAUGUUAGUUGGAGACGUUCCUUGGAAAAUGUUCAAAGAUUCAUGCAAGCGUAUUCGAGUAAUGAAAAGCUCAGAGUGUCUUGGCAUGGCAUGGACAGUUAAUUGGCCCAUAUGAUGAAAGGAGCUCAAGAAGAAGAAGAAAAGCAGAAAGGAGAAAAGAAAAGAGAUGAAAACGUGCGUGUAACCAUCCAUGUACAUAUAUAGAAGAAGAUUGACAAAAAUAAGGGAUCUUAUUGUAGUUUUCAUUGGCUUUUGAGUCACUAACCAUUAGUGAUGAUAAUUUAUUUGAAAGAAAUCACUUAGCAUCUAUAUAUAAUAUUG